AUGAUGAUGAUGAUGAUGAUGAUGAUGAUGAUGAUGAUGAUGAUGAUGAUGAUGAUGAUGAUGAUGAUGAUGAUGAUGAUGAUGAUGAUGAUGAUGAUGAUGAUGAUGAUGAUGAUGAUGAUGAUGAUGAUGAUGAUGAUGAUGAUGAUGAUGAUGAUGAUGAUGAUGAUGAUGAUGAUGAUGAUGAUGUGGUUUAUGAUGAGUGCUGUGCUACUUCUUAUGCUGACAUACUCUCGUGAACGGUUGAGCAAGAUUGUCAUACAGUGA